GGAGAUCUGUACUGGGGUUACUCACACGAUGGGACUUUUUCCCCCUCCUUACUGUCUCAGGCAACCAUUUGAAACAUCAUCAUCGUCAUGAUUUGGCAGAUAAUCCAGACUUGAAAUUCAGGAGACAUCACUGUAUGCCCCAGUAACUUAGUUAUUUUCUCACAUUUACCAGAAUGCAAGUCACCUUUGAAAAAAUACUAUUCAGCUCUCCUCUGCUUUGCAGGAAGGCUCACCUCCAGAGAACAGUCUUGGUCUCCUUCUUGGAGACCUGCUUCUAUUUGUGUUACAGUUAGCCAAGGCAUUUUCUGAAAGAUUUGUUGUGGGGCAGAUUCCAGAAUUUUAACAUUUCAUCUUUUGGCUAUCGAGUAUUCAAACCACUUUGGUAAAAGAUCCUUACCAUUAAGUAGGCUUAAUCGUCAACAUUCCAUCUUGAGAGAAAGUGCUAGGGUUUUGGACCAUGAGUAGAAUUCUUUUCCUUUGCUGUUAGAGAUACAACUGCUCCUGGGACCCUGUUCGAGUUUGAAAAUCACAUCACACUUUGCUUCCAUUGUAUUGGUCUCCUGAACUUUAUGCACCAUGCAGCGGAGGUCAAGAGAAAUUCCUGUUGGCGUGCUUUUACUCGCUUCUCAGAUGUUCCAGAUUGGGAUCACUAAUAUCCCCCCUGUCACUCUGGCAUGUUUAGCCCUCAAUGUCUGGCUUUUUCUUAGCCCCCUGAAGCCUUUCCACUGGGUUUGCUUAAGUGUGGAAUCGUGUUAUGAGAAAAAAGAUUGGCAGCGCCUGCUGCUUUCUCCUUUCCACCAUGUAGAUGACUGGCAUUUAUAUUUCAACAUGGCAUCCUUGCUGUGGAAAGGACUCACACUGGAAAGAAGACUGGGGAGUUUUUGGUUCGCCUACGUCAUUUCAGUCUUCUCCAUUCUCAUUGGUGUGAUAUACCUGGCAUUGGAGUAUUCUCUUGCAGAACUUCUGGACCAACCUGAAUACAAAAUGCACUGCACCAUUGGUUUCUCAGGAGUCUUAUUUGCUUUGAAGGUUCUGAACAACAAUUAUAAUCCUGGAGGACACACAAAUAUUAUGGGACUAUACAUACCCAACAAGUAUGCCUGUUGGAUGGAACUGUUAAUGAUUCAUUUACUUACCCCAAAGACUUCCUUUGCUGGGCAUCUGGCUGGGAUUAUCGUUGGACUGUUGUACGUUCUGGGGCCUCUCAAGAGGAUCAUGAAAGCUGGCGCAGGCAUAUUUUUCUUUGAUGCCCAUCUCCGAAGACAACAAUAUUCCUUCUAUGAUCCAGGAUAUAGAGGACAACAAGGCGACUUUUUCGACAAUCAGCCUUACCAAGAAAUCCCAAGGAACUACUACGCCUACACGGCAGGCUUCACUGAAGAGGAGCAACUAGAAAGAGCUCUGAGAGACAGCCUCCAAGACCGAGGCGAUGCUGUGGAUAGAGCAUUGGACUUGGAGCCAGGAAGACCCAAGUUCAAAUCCAGCCUCGGACAGUUACUAGCAGUCUCAUCCUGGUCAAAUCACUUAAUUUCUAUGUCUUGGUUUCCUCUUCUAUAAAAUAGGAAUAAUAAUAAUAGUGUCUACGUAACAGCGUUGUUUUGAGCAUCAAAUGAAAUGAUGUUUUGUAAUAUUCAUUCAGCAAUGAAUUAAGCAAUGUCUGGCAUAGAAUAAGUAUUAAUUUAAAUGCAUAUUGCCUCCCCUUUCUUUUCUUUCCCCCAAAUUGAAUUUUAAAUCAAAAUAUUUCAAUAAAUCAAGAUAUUAGAAUACUAAAUAAUAAGGAAUACCUCAAAUUUCCAGAGUGGCUUUUCUUCUGAAUUGCAUUUUCAUGAAAAAUCACAUUAGAUACGGAUGGCAUUGAUACAACACUUUAUAAUUAUAACAUCUCAUUUUAUCCUUGCUAUUAGAGGAUUCUUGGAGCAGAUUCAGCUUUUUCUGCUACUAAGCCGCCAUCUUGGUUCCAAGAAAUGGAGUCAAGGGGGACAGCUAGGUGGCUUAAUGGUUUGAGGGCUAGACCUAGAGAUCCUAGGUUCAAAUCUGACCUCUGAUACAUCUUAGCUAUGUGUUCUUGGGUAAGUCAUUGAAUCCCUAUUGCCUAGCCCUUACUAUUUCUGCCUUGGAGCCAAUACAAAGUGUUGAUUCUGUGAUGGAUGGUAAAGGUUAAAAAGAAAAAAGAAAGAAAGAAAGAAAGAAAAGUCAUGGAUGGCUCUUGGAGUCCAGUUAUAUCACUUAUGUAAAUGCUGAUCUCAAAGCCUAUCCUUCCCACUGACCAAUACAGCCCAGGAAGCAAAGCUUUGCCAGCCGUUUGUCAAGAAUAGCCUUUAAGCAUGGAGAUAUCAAUUUAGAUAUUAUUGGAUGUUCAACAGGAAAGUGUGUGCUUUUGACCCCAAGAAGCCACUACUAGAACUGUAUCCCAAAGAGAUUAAAAAACAAGCAAACAAGGAUAGUAACACAUGUGUGCACACGUAUUUUAAACACUCUUUUUGCAAUAGCAAAGAUCAUG